GCGCCCAAACUUUCAGUAGUGAAUGGAUUACAGCCUGCGUUCCAUCAAAGCAGCAUGAUGAAGCCCGAAAACAACGAGGAGAAUGAAGAGAACGAGACGCUUCUGCCGUUGAGUUAUACCUAUAGAGAUAUACCAAAGACCGUCAGCAGCUAUAGUCGGUGGGCGAUUUUGGCAUUGUCGUUCAUCUUAGCAGUCACAGCUGGCUACUGGAUAGGUAGACAGCAGAUUCCAGCACAGGCUCGCAAUGGCCUCUUAGUUCCUCCUGGAUCUACACAUCAGAAGUGGCAUCACAACCUUACCUUUACCCAAAAGCCAGAUGAUGAGGCCGAAGCUGCCUGGGGAUCCAUCAUCCCAGUUGGCCGCGGCUUCAUCACGCAUCCUCAGCUUGCACCAGAUGUUUCCAAUAUUGCAGUAUUCCAUCAGAUUCACUGCCUCCAUGCCAUCUAUAUAGCUUAUUACGACGCUCUAGCGAGCGCCGCAAUGGACUUGGACGAGGUGCCCGAUUUUGACAAUACAACUGGCACACGGACAGCUCCAUUCCACAUACGACAUUGCUUCGAUUAUAUAAGACAGGCACUGAUGUGCCAUGCAGACACCAACUUGGAGGUAUUGGAUCCAGUAAAGCAUACAACAAAUGGCUGGAAUCAGACGAAAACCUGCAGAGACUACUCACAGGUCAAAGAUUUUGCUGAGAAAUAUGCCAAUUCAAGCGAUACUGGGAUUGUAACGUAG